AUGGCUCCCACCGAGCCCAUCUUGCCCGUCAAGGGUAAGAACAACAUCCUGAUUACCUCAGCCUUGCCGUACGUCAACAACGUUCCCCAUCUUGGCAACAUCAUCGGCUCUGUGCUGUCGGCCGACGUCUUCGCCCGCUACUCUCGUGCCCGCGGCAACCCCACAAUCUACAUCUGCGGCUCCGACGAGUACGGAACGGCGACCGAAACCAAGGCCCUUGAGGAGGGUGUUGACCCCGCCACCCUUUGCGCAAAGUAUCACGCCAUCCACAAGGGCAUUUACGACUAUUUCGACAUCUCCUUCGACAUCUUCGGCCGAACACCCACCCCUCAGCAGACCGAGAUCGUUCAGGAUAUCUUUACUAAGCUGUGGAAGAAUGGCUACAUUGAGGAGCGCGAGACUACCCAACCCUUCUGCCCCGUCGAGGCCCACAACACUUUCCUUGCCGACCGCUUCGUCGAGGGUGUUUGCUCCGUGUGCAAUUACGACGGCGCGAGAGGAGACCAGUGCGACAAGUGCGGCAAUCUCCUUGACCCCUUGGAGCCCGAGACCGAUCCCAACGCCACUGCCGACGACGACGUCGCCGCCAAGGCCACUGGCUGGCUGAUCAACCCCCGCUGCAAGCUCGACGGAGCCACCCCCGAGAAGCGGAAGACGAAGCACUUGUUCCUGAAGCUUGACGCUCUCAAGGAUGAGCUCGUCAAGUGGUUCCAGUCAUCCAGCAAGAAGGGCGGUUGGAGCAACAACGCCGAGCAGAUCACCCAGGCCUGGAUCGACAAGGGCCUGAAGCCCCGUGGCAUCACCAGAGAUCUCAAGUGGGGUGUUCCCAUUCCUACGGGCGAAGUUGGCGAGGACUACGCAAGGAAGGUGUUCUACGUCUGGUUCGACGCCUGUAUUGGCUACGUUUCCAUCACCAAGAACUACACCGACGGCGCCGACCUCGAAGGCAAGAAGUGGGAGCAAUGGUGGAAGAACCCCGACGACGUCAAGCUUUACCAAUUCAUGGGCAAGGACAACGUUCAAUUCCACACUAUUAUCUUCCCCGGCUCGCAGCUCGGCACCGGCGAGAACUGGACCAAGCUGCACAAGAUCUCUACCACGGAGUACCUCAACUACGAGGGUGGCAAGUUCAGCAAGUCAAGAGGUGUUGGUGUCUUCGGCAACCAGGUCCAGCAGACUGAGGUCCCUGUUGAUGUUUGGAGAUACUACCUCCUUGCCCGCCGUCCGGAGACUUCCGACUCCGAGUUCAUGUGGCAAGAGAUGGUUGACGGCAACAACAACGAGCUCCUGAAGAACCUCGGCAACUUCUGCCAGAGAGUGAACAAGUUUUGCCAGGCCAAGACUGAGGGUGUUGUUCCGGACUACACCAAGUACACCGACGACUACCUCAAGAACCACGUCAAGGAAGUCAACAAUCUCGUCAUAGAGUACAUCAAGAACAUGGAGGACACCAAGAUGAGAGCCUCUCUGCACACUAUUUUGUCCAUUUCUGCCCUCGGAAACAAGCUUCUCCAAGACAACAAGCUUGACAACAAGCUGUUGACCGAGGAGCCCAAUCGCUGCGCCGCUGUUGUUGGCGCUGCUCUGAACCAGAUAAACCUCCUUGCGUCGCUCGUCAGCCCCUUCCUCCCGAACACCUCAAAGGCCAUCUUCGAACAACUCGGCGUGGACAGCAAGCCCGCCAUUCCCGAGAGCUGGAUCGUCGAUGCUAUCAAGCCCGGCCACAAGCUUGGUGAGCCCAAGCAUCUGUUCUCUCUCAUUCCUGCAACCAAGAUUGAGGAGUGGAAGGACGCCUUCGGUGGAGAGGAGGUUCGGAAGCAAAAGGAAGAAGCUGCGGCGAAGGCUGCUGCGAAGAAGGCGGCCAAGGAGGCGGACAAGGCCCGCAAGAAGGCCCGCAAGGAGGCCGAGAAGAAGGCCAAGAUCGAAGGUUCCACCGUGGAGUCUGGCGAGAAGAAGGCCGAGGCCGACCCGUCCAUCGAGUCAGUGACGGAGGCCAUUGCCAAGGCAGAUGUCCACACCUCUUAG